AUGACUCAGGCAGUAAUCGCAUCAGCCCUCAUUGGCCGACUCCUUGACUCCGUCGCUCUGGCGGUCGUUGAAUGCAAUAAUUUAAAGAGUAAUUACAUUUACAGGGACCUAAUCCAAGACCAAAGGAUCACUUAUGAGUCUUCGUAUUUCAAAAGUAGACCUGAGAUGACUCAUAUUUUAGAAGAUGAUGGACUUAGAAGUCUCAUUUCACCAGAAAUCCUAGUCUCCAGCUAA